AUGUCCCGAAUUCAAGCGAUGGAUGCUGUAAUGAAGAUACAAAUGCCCGGGAUGAUUAUGAUGGCGAAUGAGACUGCGGCCAUAUCACUACUAGCUUCCAAAAAACUGUCGACAGAGUUGAUCCACUUCGUCCCGUGUGCUGAUAUAAAGGUGAAACCCGACCCACAUGGACUGUUCGAUACUGUGUCACUCCAAAAACUUCUGCUGGUCUCUGCUGAUAUGAAUAAUGACGAUAUAAUUGCAUAUUACCAAUUGAAACAAAACGCGACGAUUCUGGAUCAAAGUGUUGCUCAAGCGGACUUGGCGAAGUUGUUAGAUCAGAAUUUGCCACCGGCUGUAUCUACAACUACAACUAUGGUCAUGCCAACGACGACCUCUGGAAGUACGUCAUCGACGAAGAAGACUCAAAGCACGGCCGGGACAGGGUCGACUGCGACAAGCACUGGUACAUCAAGUCUGGCGACAACCUCCAAAACCAAGGCCACUAAAACCACAACAAGCCCUAAUACGCCAGAACCGACGUCGAAUCUACCACGUUGUCGUACCUUAUUCAUUCUCGAUGGCAGUAAUAAGGCUAUGUCCGACUUUAACCUCCUCAAAGCCACUUUCAUCAGCGCCGCCUCCGUGGGCUAUAACUCGACCGAGUUCCAAUUUGCCGCUAACGCAUGGGUUUACCAAGACCCACUUGUAGACCUGAAACUCCCGGAGAGCUUCAUCUACAACGAUGCCUCCUUUACAACGCUGAUUAAUAGCUAUACCUUUAUGGGAGGUCCAGACUCCGUCAUACAAGCAGUCAAAGCCUUGAAUGAUUGGGUGCUGCAGGACGCUGUUAUUGUGCUUUAUACAAGCAGUGACCAAAACGCCAUCAACGAGGCCGGGGAGCUGUAUGAAAGACAGUCACGUACGGUGGUGCUGGAGGGAACGAGUCAGUUUUUCCGCAGCUUGUCG